AUGGCCGGCGAGGACACGGCGGCCCUGCAGCAGGCCGUGGAGGCACAGCGCCUGCAGCAGAUCGAGCAGUGGGGCACGGAGACGAAGCAGCAGCUCGGCAGCAAGUACGACGAAACGGUCGGCCUGGCUACCACCGCUGUGAAGGCGAUCAACGAUCCCGAGCUGACCAAGGCGUUCAACGAGCUGGGAUGGGGCAACCACCCGGCCAUGGUCAACGCGUUCGCGUUCAUGGGCCGCUUCCUGCGGGACAGCCCGAUGGAUGGCCUCGGUGGUUCGACCACCAGCGCCACUGGCGAGCGCACCAUGGGUCAGCGCAUGUACCCGGACAUGAAGUAA